AUGGCAGAGUUUGACCCUACCUUAUUAUUUGAUUCAGAGAUGGAAUAUAAUGUCUACAACAAUCGAAAUUGGACAGAAAUUGUAAAUUUUCUAAUUCCAAUUAUUCCAAAUUUUACGGAGAUUAUCAUCUUUAAUGUCAUUCUUUUUGCUAUCUGUUUUUUGGGACUUUUAGGGAAUGGAAAAGUCAUCUGGAUCCUUGGUUUCCAUAUGAAAAGGAAUUCUUUCUCCAUCUAUGUCUUGAAUUUGGCUGUGGCUGAUUGUGGAGUACUCAUAAUGUUGGCUUUGGUUCAAAUAUUUGAGUUUUUUAGGGAAACUAGUUUUGGAAUGUAUGUUAUUGUACUCCUCCUUUAUUUUAUGUUGUAUAAUACUAGUCAACUUUUACUCAUAAGCAUCAGUGUGGACCGUUGUGUAUCUGUGCUUUUUCCAAUUUGGCAUCAGUGCCAUCGGCCACCCAAAUUGUCCCUCAUUGUGUGUGUUAUCACUUGGGUUCUGCCCUUCGUGUGUUUUGUCUUGGAAAUGGUAAUUGGAUUAUCAAAGUCUCUUGUAAUAUCUGAGAUGAUUUUCAGCGCACUGUUUCCUUACCCAACAGUGAUCAUUUCCACUCUGAUCCUGCUUGUGAAAAUUUUCAUUAAACAACGCCAGCAAAAGCGGAAAAAAGUGUUGAUGGUAACCCUGCUUGCACUCAUGUGCUUCAUUGUACUUCGUUUGCCUGUGAACAUAUUUGGCAUUAUUACUUGUUGUAUGCUAAUAAGUAAUGAUUUAACAUGGGGACUUUAUGACUUGUCUUUGGAAUCGCUGUUAAAAAAUGAAAUGAUGGGUGACAAAAUAUUAGAUUUUGCAAAUAUAAUUCUGCCCUGGAUUCAACCUAUAAUUAUUCUUGAAAUGGUAUCUGACAUCUGUAUUGCAGUAAAUAGCAGCAUCAACCCAAUCCUUUAUUUCCUGGCUGGGAGAAAUAAGGAGGAUCGAUCCAGAGUUUCCAUGAAACUUGUGCUCCGCAGGGUUUUCAGAAAUGAAGAAGAUGCCAAGGAAAAUGAGAUGCAGCCUGAUGAAACCCCGUUGUGA